AUGGGCCAAACACUUAGUGAACCAGUGACGACAAAGGCGUCCGCUUCAUGCGCUAAUGAAUCUUAUUUGGUAGCUUCUAGUUGUAUGCAAGGAUGGAGAAUAAAUAUGGAAGAUGCACAUACCCAUUUACUCGCAUUACCGGAUGAUCCACAAUGUGCAUUCUUUGCUGUUUACGAUGGACAUGGUGGACCUAGAGUUUCGCAAUAUGCUGGUAUUAAUCUUCACAAGCAGGUUUUACAAACCAAGGAAUAUAAAGAGGGUAACUUGGUUGGUUCUCUUAGAAAAGGUUUUUUGGCUUUAGACGAUCAAAUGCGACAGGAUGAGGAAAUGAAAGAUGAUGCUUCCGGAACAACAGCAGUUGUCGUAUUAAUCAAGAAUAAAGUAUUAUAUUGUGGAAAUGUGGGAGACUCACGUGCUGUCGUAUCUGUAUGCGGCGAAGCAAGACCGUUGAGUUUCGAUCAUAAGCCCGCCAAUGAUAUAGAGUCGAAAAGAAUCAUUGCUGCUGGUGGAUGGGUAGAGUUCAAUCGAGUAAAUGGUAAUCUUGCUUUGUCCCGAGCACUUGGUGAUUUCUGGUUCAAGAAAAAUGAGAAGAUGCCACCAGAGGAGCAGAUUGUCACAGCAUAUCCUGAGGUAAUUAAAGAUGAACUGACUGAAGACCAUGAGUUUAUGGUAUUAGCUUGUGAUGGAAUCUGGGAUGUAAUGAGCAAUCAAGAAGUUGUUGAUUUCAUUCGUGAGAGAUUAGCAGACAAACGCGACCCUCAAACUAUCUGUGAAGAGCUUUUAACACGUUGUCUUGCUCCUGACUGUCAAAUGGGAGGAUUGGGCUGUGAUAACAUGACUGUUGUCAUUGUUGGCUUUUUACAAGGAGAUUCAGUUGAUGCCCUAGCAGCUAAAUGUGCUAGAGCUGCUGUUAUUACUUAUCAACAUGUAAAUCAAGUAAUAGGAGAGUUUGAUGAAGGGUCCCAAGCAGCAUGGGGAUUAACAGUAGAACCUGAAAAAGAAGAUGGUUUCCAUACGCCUCAACCGUCGCCGGAUACUACUGGGUGCCAGUUAGCGACUACAGAUGAUUCUGAGAGUGAUCAACCACCUAGUGAAUUUAGUACUUAA